CUGAAGCCGGUUCCACUCCAAAAAAUUGAUUAAAGCUUUAAUUGUUUAAACACGUUUCAUUUUGCCGGUGGAUAAGUGACGUCAUAUCCAGCCGGCAGAGGAAGUCCUAAGCUGAAACAUGCUGUAGCUCCAUGCUGGUUACCCUUGAGGUACACUUGUGUUAAUAUUGCUGCUUCAGUUAUAAAACAUCUGUAAUAAUGGCGGAUUUCAGCAGUUUUGAUUCUUUCUCCUCGGCCGGUUCCUCUGAUAAAGCGGAGGCGGCUGAGCUGCAGAAGAUGAUCGCGGUGGAGCAGCAGAAAGCGCAGUUCCAGGCUCAGGUGCACAACUUCACCGAUGUGUGCUGGGACAAAUGCAUGGACAAGCCAAGCUCAAAGCUGGACUCACGCACUGAGACCUGCCUUGUGAGCUGUGUGGAGCGCUUUAUCGAUACCACGCUUGCCAUCACCAACCGCUUCACGCAGAUGGUGCAGAAAGGCACACAUUAAGCAUGAUGUCUCGUCACAUCUUCUCAAGGACAUAACUUGUAGAUCCAUUUUAAUAACACCGACCUUCACUAGGAAUGAGAAUGAAAGAACUGGUUUAAUUUUUGGUGGGAACAAAAUGAAAUGGCUUUAACUCCAUAUAAAAGUCAACUAAACAGAGUUUAAUGAAAUACUGGCAAUAUCAUGGAAAUGUGUAUCAUGAUGGAAAAUAAUUUAAUAUCAUAUUGUUAUACUGCCUGGCUACUAGCUGUCAUUUUGCCCAUCCAGAAACCAUAAAUGAAAGACAUUCAUUCAUUUUUACACUUGCAAAAAUUAACAAUGUAAUCAUAUACAAAUAAACCUAUCAUACCUUCAAAACUUUGUAGUUCUCUAUACAUCCGAAAGCCACACAAUACAUCUCACCAAUCUUUUCAACAGUUCAGCUACAGACUGUUCAACGAGAGAUCAUUUUAAUGGACUGUAUAAUUCUACAGAGACGUUUUGGCCUUUUAUUGUGUAAUAACCAAACAAGUGUUCUUGCAUCACUGCUUAAAGCUCUGUUCAAAGUAUGUGUAUGAUUAUCAGUUGUACCUGUUUGUUUAUAUAUUAAAUGGACAUUUGUUGAGUGUA